CCUGUGCCUCACAGUCUUGUCAGGUACACCAUCUGUAGAUUUCUUUAUAAUGUUACUUUGCAAGGCAGCAUGAACAAACUAAAAAGCCAGGUCACAGGAAAAUCUGAACCAUGAAUUUUUACUAUUCUCCUCUCUCUGACUGCUUAAUGCCCAAGCUCUUGGUUUCUGGCUUCCUGUUUCCAUUAAGUAUGGUUUUUUCUGCAUACUGGUUCUCAUUAGCAUUGUUAGUUCCUCUUCAGUGUUGUCCCAGAGGUAAUAAUUGGCCAUUUUAUCUGAAAUGGAACUAGAAGAUGAUCAGCUUGUCCAGAUCUUUCAGAUGUCAAGUGUUUGACUUUUUUUUUUUUUUCCAGUCAAUGAUAAGAUUAAUGGAAUGGCUAAUGUGCACUUGAAUUCGAGUGUAAUUACCAGUAAUCAACAUAGUUUUAUUUUCUAUGCAUCUAUAUGGGAAGACGAAACAGGUUUGUUGGAUGCUGAUAACUAUGAGACUGAUCCGUGCCUGAAAGAGAUUCGGAGAGCAGAAAAUUAUUCUUGGAUGGAUAUCAUAACCAUACACAAAGACAAGCUCCCCAACUAUGAGGAGAAGAUAAAAACGUUUUACGAAGAGCAUUUACACCUAGACGAUGAAAUUCGCUACAUCUUAGAUGGAUCUGGCUAUUUUGAUGUUCGAGACAAGGAUGACAAAUGGAUCCGGAUUUCCAUGGAAAAAGGAGACAUGAUAACCCUCCCUGCCGGCAUAUAUCACCGAUUUACACUGGAUGAGAACAAUUACGUGAAGGCAAUGAGGCUAUUUGUUGGAGAACCUGUCUGGACACCAUACAACAGGCCGGCUGAUGAUUUUCCUGCUCGGAAACAGUAUAUGAAGUUUUUGGCUGAAGCAGCACAGUAAUGGUAUCUGAAACCUGAGAGGUGGAACAGCCUGAACCCUGCCAGAAUAAAUGUGACUGGUGGCUUUUUACUGAUUAGACUUCUAUUUGGAUUACACUUAGAAUCACAGAAUCAUAGAAAAAAUUAGGUUGAAAGGUCAUUUGGUCCAACCUUCUGUGAAGUACCAGGCCAACUGCAAAGUUAGACCAAGCUGCUCAAAACCUUGAAGUCUGGAAACCUGCAGUGGUGGAGGUUUCACAACCUGUCUGGGCGCCCAUUCCAGCACUUAGCUGCUCCCAUGGGCGAGUGUUUCUUCUUCCUGGCCAUCUCCCUGAUUGCAGCUUGCUGUUGUUGUCUCUUGCCCUUUCACUGAAUGCCUGAGAAGAGUCUGGCUCUGCCUUCUCCACAGUCCCUUCUGUAGUGGGAAACUGCAGUUAGGUCUCCUCUAAGCUGUCUCUUCUCCAAGAUAGGCAAGGCAGUGUCCUUAUCUGGGCUUUCUGCGCCCCAUGUUGCUAAGGAAGAUGUUCAACAUCAUUUGCCCCAGUUUUGACUGCUGAGGAAUGUCACUUGUAACCACCUGACAGAGUUGAACCACUGACUGUUCUGAGCCCGAUGGUGCGGAAGUUUUUCCAGCUGCCUUGUUGUUCAUCCACAGCCUGGAUACAGGGCUCCUGAAAGCCUCCCUCUGGUCAAGGGGAACGACAUCUGUUUCCCCUCCGCCAUGGAGCCUGUCAUUGCCUCCUCGGUGGCAGGCAGGAUGGUUGGGCAGAAUGCUCCCUUGGGAAAUUAGCGUUGCCUGGUUGUUCUCCAUCACCUGGUGUUUCAUGUGCCUUGAACAGCUUUCAUAAUAGCUUAUUCCAUAAUUUUCCUGGGGACUGGAGUCAGGCUGGUCAGCCUGUAGUUCCCCACAUCCUCUUUUCUCACCUUUUUGAAGGUGGCAGUAUCAUUUGCCUUUUUGCUAGUCAAAAAGAUUUCCCUGAUCACCGUGACCUUUCAAAGAUGCCAGCAGCCUUGCAGUGACUUCAGCCAGUUGCAUUUACAGUUGCUGAGGAAUCCAUUUUCUAACCUUUUUUCCUUGAUAUUUCUGGCAGGUAGAAUUGGGAGAGGUGGGCUACAUUAAUAUUCAUUCUGCUCUGAAUCCAUGCUAAUGAACUAUGUAGGAUUCUGUUUUUAAUUAAAGAAAAUAAACCUUGCUUCAUUCUUGUCUAAAAAUGUUCAUAAGAGAAAUUUGCAUAAUCGGCAUUUUAGUAUGCAGCUUCCCUGGCUCUGCCCGGGUACAUAAAGCUGUGGUUUUCUCUCAGCAAAAUGCAGCAAUUUGCUCUUGUGAGUUAUUAAUAAAAUUACUUUGACUUGGG